AUCGAUCUCAGCAUGGGAAUGAACGUAAUUUCAUGGAAGGCCAUCGGAAUGAACUUUGAGGACAAUACCAAAACAUCACCAAUUCGCAUUAAGUCUAUUGAGAUCAUGGGCUUAAGUUACACAUCUCAGUGUACUAACUGCCCUAGUGGCACCUACUCAGCCCAGGCAGGGUCUACUGAGUGUGAGAUGUGCAAGGCAAACAGUUAUUCUGGACCGAAGGCAACUGCAUGUACCCCAUGUCCUGACACCCACUACUCAAAUGCUGGGUCUAGUAACUGUACCGUUAGAAAAGCAUGCACAGCGAAUGAUUACUUUGAGAGUAAAACACCUUGUAAUAAUAAUAGCAAG